AUGGCUUCAUCCGGGAAGCCAGCCUACACUGGGCGAAGACGAACCGUUUCCCAUCCUGAGCUUGGACAACUGACCGGGCGAGUAGUUGAGCCGGUGGAAUUUCCAGGCUUCUCGGUCGUGCAGUUCCGUUCAGUUCCUUACGCCACGAUCCCCAAGCGCUUCUCGCCGUCGAUUCCACUGAAAGAUAUACCAUCUAGCUUCGACGGCAGACCGACUCGAGACUUCACCAAUUACGGCGCCGCAUGUCCCCAGAUUGGCGGCGCACAUCCGUCCUGGUGCGAUCCGUACGGCGGUCCCUUGCAAGAUGAUCUGAAUCUCGAGUUUGACGAGUUCACCUGCCUCACCGUGUCCAUCUCCGUACCCGAGUCGCAGCUGGUGUCGGCCACGGACAGAGGCCCGGCCCCGAAGCUGCCGAUCAUGGUCUAUAUCCACGGUGGCGGCAUGUCCGAAGGCAUUGGCCAUGUCGACGGCCUGCACUCAAAUGCACCCAUCACGUCCUAUGCGGCAUCCAUCUCGCAGCCCGUCGUUGCCGUCAACAUCGGCUAUCGUCUUGGCUGGUUUGGCAGCCUCGUUUGCGAGGACGUGCUGGACGAGUUUACCGCCAACCCUACGAGUCCCUACGGACCGUUCAACCUGGCCAUGCAGGAUCAGCGAAAUGCAUUCGCAUGGAUUCGCACAUUCAUUGAUGGAUUCGGCGGCGACCCCUUGAACAUCACUGCUUUUGCCGAGUCCGCCGGCAGCGUAUUCCUCACCUACCACAUAUGCGGCUCUUCGACCCGCCUGUUCGACCGGGCUAUAUUGCAGUCUGGCCUCAUCUUUGGCAACGUUGCAUUCGAGGUCAAGGAAGCCGAGUACCAGGCCAUGCUAAAGCACCUCGGUAUUGACAAGGAGACUGCGCCGGAGAGGUUGGAUGCUCUGCGGCAGAUCGACGCGCAGACCCUACUCAUGCUCCCCGGCUGCCACAUGACGCCUUAUGUUGGCCCUGUUCCCGGCGUCAGCACCGAGGCAUCUCUCUUCUCCAGAGGUACGCCUACUGUUUUAGACCAGAUGGACCUCAUCGCAACCUGCGACUGGUUGGGCGAUAUCAUUAUCGGCGAUGACUUCUGGGAGGGCCAGCUGUUCUUCCCUCUGUUGCAGGCCUGCGACCAAGUCGAAUUUGCAGAGACGGUCCGGUCACUCUUCCCCGCGUCAGAAGCACAGGCACUGCUGGCCGCGUACGAGCUACCGGCGAAAGAUCGGCACCGCGGCGCAGUGCAAGUCUCGCUUCUCCUAGGCGACCUCAUGUUCUCCGUCCCGUGCCACGAGCUUGGCAAACGCCUGGCAAAUCAAGCCCAGGGGAAGAAACGGAACGUCUAUCGAUACUCGUUCUGCCUCUCCAACCCUUUCCCCGGUAGCAUCUGCGGUCUUGUCCCCGGUCACCACUUUGUCGAGAUUCUGUUUCUCUUCUUGACGUUGCAGGACCGGUACCCAACUCACCGCGACGGAUGGACAGCCCGCCAGGCCCGAGAGACGGCACGUCGGUGGAUAACCUUUGCGAAUGGCCGUGUCCCGUGGGAUCCCUGCUUCACCGAUGAGAUAACUGAGGAGGGCGAGGCCAAGAUUGCCAUCUGCGAUGACCUCUCGGGGUGGUCGGUGCGUACAGUCAAAGAGGACGAGGAGUUGAGCAAGAAGGACCCCUGGGGUGAAAGGAGAUAUGCCGCGUGGAGAGAAAUCUCCCACGCUUUGGACUCGUUGAGAAACGGAGCUGGUGACGCUGCUGACCGAAACCACAGACUCACCAUGACGAGGCUGCGUUUACUGCAAUUCGCGUAUGGCAGUGAUGGGCUGCUGAAAGUGUCCGGAUUAUAG